GCACCACAAGUUGGCAAGGUCUCUAAGGAGUGGUUUGUCUGAUAAAGACGCUAAACCUAAUGCCACUGUUAGGGAUAUGUUAAACAGUAUAGUUUCUUAUCCUGCAACCAAAUUAUUAACGAAUGAAGAACAGGAUAAUGUGUGGAAGUUUCGGUUUUAUCUCAGUAAUCAGAAGAAGGCUUUAACAAAGUUUUUGAAAUGCGUGAAUUGGACGCAAAACAACGAAGUUCGCCAGGCAUUAUCAAUGCUAGAACUCUGGGCACCAAUGGACGUUGAAGACGCUUUAGAAUUACUUAGUCCUAAUUUCACUCAUCCCUCAGUUAGAAAAUAUGCAGUUUCACGUCUGCAGCAAGCACCUGAUGAAGAUUUAUUGUUAUAUUUGCUACAGUUAGUGCAAGCGUUGAAAUACGAAAAUUUUGAAGAUGUAAAAGAGGCUUAUAAAAGGAUUGCUCCAGACAGAGGUACCCCUUUUACAAGCGACGAAAAAGAUUAUCCAUAUUUGGAAAAAAAAGACAGUAAAGAGAGUACUUCUAGUACGUUGACAAGUGAGCAACCUGUGAUUAAAUCUGCCUCUGAAAACAUGGGUCAAUCUAGUGCUAAUGUGUCUCUCUAUUUUGAUUCAAACGUCGGCUCAAAUGAAAAUUUAAAUCAAAAUACUUGUUUUAACUCUGAAUCUGGCAAUACAGAGACGUUGCAAAGUGAUUAUAGAGAAGAAGAAGAACCAAUGGAUUUGGCGUCGUUCCUUAUAAGGAGGGCGUGUAAAAACUUUACCUUAGCCAAUUACUUUUACUGGUAUCUAUUUAUUGAAUGUGUUGACCAAGAAUCUGCUAUUAAACAAGAUGUGAGUAUAACAGAAAAUUAGAAAAAUAGUUUUUCUGAUUAAAGCAGUUAUACAAAAA